AUGGGAUCGUCGCCGAUCGACGCGCUGAUGGCGUGGUUACAGCGCCUAGUGGGUGAGCAAGCGUCACCAGCGCUGCCUCUCUUUUCCUCUUUCGUCGCGGUCUUUCCGUCCUCCUCCUCCUCCUCCUCCUCCUCCUCCUCCUCCUCCUCCUCCUCCUCCUCCUCCUCCUCCUCCUCCUCCUCCUCCUCCUCCUUCUCCUCCCCCUCCACCCUCCCCCCCACUCCCUCGUCCGUCGUCGCUCUCCACGUUCGAACUCUUUACUCCCACACCCUGCUCCCCCCUCCUGAUUCCUCUCCCCCCUCCCCCAACCCACCCCCCCCUCCCCCCCCUCUUCUUCUCCAUCCCACACUGGACACCCCUCUACUUCCAUCCACCCCCUCCCGUUCUCUUCCCCCACCCCCUGCCCUCCUUCCCCUUGUCUCCCACCUCCCCCCCUUGCCCUCCUCCCUCCCCCUUUCUCCCCCUCUCCCCCGAUCCCCUUUUCUUCCUCACACCGCCUACUUUCUCCGCGCAUCCUUCAGCGCGCAACGACGAUGGGCGCAGUUGCGGGAUGCUAGGCGUGGUCUUGUUUCACUCUCUCUCUCUCUGACACACACGCACGCAACCCCUUCCCUCCUCCUUCUCCCUCACUUUCCUCUCCCCGACUUCCCCACCCACCUUUCCUCCCGUGCCUCUCUUCCCUGGACAUUUCAAUCAAAUUUCUCCACGCGCCUUGUCUGUCCCGCCCCGCUCUCACCACCUCAACCAUCACAACCCACAGUCCACUCAUUUCCCAUAACUCCUCACGGCCGCCUUUCUCUCUCCCCCUCCCCUCUCACCCUCCCCUCUCACCCUCUACAUUCGCCCUCCCCUCUUCCCCUCCUCUCCCCCCCUCCGCUCACUCUCUUCUCUCGCCCUCCCCUCGUCCCCUCCUCUCUCCCUCUCCCCUCUCGCGCUCUUCUGUUCCUCUCUCGCGCUCAUCAGUCCGGAGCAUCGUUGCGGAGUGGGGCAGCGGAGAUCGUGCGGGAGGUGGCAAGGCAGGCCGAUGUGUACCUCAUGGCACAAGUGCACAGCGACGAGAGCGAGGUGCGUUCACUCUGCCUCGCUUGCUGCCUUACCUGCCUGUCUGCUCCAAGGCCGCCUCCCUCUGAUCCCACCCAUCGGGCAGGCAGACGUGAAUCUCAUGGCACAAGUACACAGCGACGAGAGCGAGGUGCGUUCACUCUGCCUUGCUUGUUGCCUUACCUGCCUGUCUUCUCCAAGGCCGCCUCUGGUCCACCCAUCGGGCAGGCCGAUGUGUACCUCAUGGCACAAGUGCACAGCGACGAGAGCAACGUACGUACGUUGUGCUUGCCUUGCUGGCUUGCCUUGCUGGCUUGCUUUGCUUGCUUGCUUGCCCUCUUGCUGCCUUCGUCUUCCCCAUCCCCCUCCCCCUUCCCCUUCCCCAUCCCCCUCCCCCUUCCCCUUCUACAUCCCCCUCCCCCUUCCCCUUCCCCAUCCCCCUCCCCCUUCCCCUCCCCAUCCCCCUUCUCCUUCCCUCCCCCUUCCCCUCCUCUUCCCCCUCCCUCUUCCCUAACUCAUGCAGGCCACCAUCCUGCCACCAUCCUGUCAGCAUUAGAGGAAGCCAAUCUCUUCUCCCUGCCACACGGCUUCCCCUUUGACACGACCCUUCUCCCAAUCCCCCUCCCUCUUCCCCUUCCCACCCCCCUUCCUCUACCCAUCCCCCUCCCCCCCCCCCAUACAGGCCACCAUCCUGGCAGCACUAGAGGAGGCCAGUCUCUUCUCCCUCCCCCUCCCCAUCCCGCCACCAUCCUGUCAGCACUAGAGGAGGCCAGUCUCUUCUCCCUGCCUGACGGCUCGCCAGGGCCGAUCAACCGAGACAAGGUGCUGUUCUGUGAGAAGGACGUUGGAGUAGCGUCAUUCGUGAGGCAGCUUGAGCCGGACUGGCACUUUGAGGCGUUUGACAGCACGGUGGAGCAGCUGCGGCGGUUUGUGAAGUACAUUCUGCACAUCACACCAGCGGCCACGGGGGCAGUGGCAGCCAAUGUGGUAUCAGUGCCAUCCCUUGAAGCCUACUUUGGAUCGCCCUCCUCCUGA